CGUGAAAGAUUAUCGAUGCAAGACGAUCGAUUUUCGCAUUUACAAAAUAACUGCAUUUCUCGGAAACAUUGUUAUCACAAUGACAUACCAAAAGUCGAGUCAACAAACAAAAUGUGAGAGCAACAUUGAAUGAAAAUGUUCAUUAGUUUCGGUUCGUACGAGCAGAAUGUACGAUUGGAGGGGUUUAGCUCUUUGUACUAUUAUUUUGUUUAUACGGCCAAAGCUGUGUUUGAUUCGCGAUUUCUCGAUUUGCCACGAUGACUUCGAGAAGGAUCCUCCCGACGGUGUUUUGAAAGUACACACGUUCAACUGGCUCGGCUUCACUCAGUACAUACACGUUACGACUGGGCUGCCUCAUCACAGCAAGGCGCCUCGUGUAGUCCUUGUUCACAAGCAGUUUGUCGUUGGAACAGCGGCCGACAUGUUGCAUCUCCCGAAGAACUACAAAUUAGGUAAUAUUGUAUUUGGGGAUUAUGAGCGAGACGAGGAAGACUGUGGGUUGACGCUUCAACAAAUUAAAAUCGGUAUCCGAUGUCCGCGUGCCUACAUAGAAAUACCACCACAGGAAAUCACACCUCAUCCUGAAUAUACUAGAUUCGGAGUAGGCAAUAGUCUCGCUUUGAUUAAACUUAUUCGGCCAUUGAAGUCUCAUUACAUGAUACCGAUAUGUUUACCAACGAUUCAAGAACGAGCGAGAAAGAAGAGACAUAAAUCCGUGUUUCUGGUUGAUUACAUUAGUACGGUUCCAAGAGAUUUUGAUUCUGAGAGAUUAGCUAAGAAAACUCUGAAGUUGUACACUCAUAGGGAAUGUAAACAACAUAGAAUGAGAGCGAGACUGGGCAGUGAAGGAGUCACGCACGUCCUAUGUAGUUCAGGAUGUGGUGUCCGGCCUGGUGCGACCAUCAUCAGUCACUCGUCUGAUGGACCAUUCGAGCUAAUUGGAGUGGCAGCCGGUGGAGCCCCUUGUCAUCGCCGGUCCAUGCGCCGGCGCCUUAACAGCGAACCACCACUCUACAUAGACGUGUUUCCAUAUACCAAUUGGAUUAUAAAUGUCAUAACUGCGCACCAUCUUCCCAAGCCCUACCCUCAGAACUUUAAGCUGGUUGAUGCAGGGCCGGGUAUUGGUAUCAAUAAAUCAUAUUUAAGAAAAAGACGCAAACAGAAGACUGGCUGGCGCGGUCGUAUGUUUAUGACCGGUAACUUUUGCUUCAGGAGUAUGAGACACCAAAAGCGUGCUUCCUUUUUCUACUCCGAGAAAUUUUCAGUGACAGCGGAUCCUCCCGCUAAACUACAUGUUAUUUUGAAAAUCUCUGCUGGUAUCGACUGCACAAUAGUUUGUGCUCGUCUAACUAUGCCCAAUCGUAUUUCGCAGCCCACUAUAGCAGGCGUUGGAGGUUACAACAUAACUGUUACGUUCAACACAGAGUGGUUUCCAUAUUCGUUUUUCUUUGCAUUAGCGCUUGAUGGAAAGAAUAGUACUGAUGCAGAUAUGCAAGCUUGGAUCUCUGAACGCAAACCUGGUUUCUGGUAACAUGUAGGUACCUAAUGUACAAAUAAAUCUAUUUCAUAUUAUUAAAUUUGUCUUAUUUCGUCAUGAACCAAAUGGUUGUUUAUUUUGUUUUAAGUUU